AUGGACCUGGAUAUUCGUCAGUAUCUUUCUAAGGCCAAGGAACAACAAGACUGUGGAGCUCUGCAGUCAGCCUACCGUUUAAUGAAGGACGUGUCAGCAGCUGGAACCGGUGAACGAGCUCCUCGCAUUGACCCGGAGUUGUACGUCGUGUGUGCGGAAGCAGCUCUACAGCUGGGUUGUUUGGAGAUAAGCACAGCGUGUCUAAAGAUGUACUUUGAAGGGAAUCCGCCGGCUAAUCAAUUUUUGUGUCGAGCCUACCUCUGCCAGGGCCAGCUGAAGUCUCCGCCGGCCACUGGGACUGUGGAAGACUUUGAAGAGGCGGUGCUGUAUUUUCUUAAAGCAAUUGAAAUUUCAAAGCAAGACCCAAGAUGCUUCUUCAUGGUGUUCAAUGCGUCAGUGCUGUACUUCCAGACAGUGCGUCCUCUGCUGCAGCCGGGGCGGUGCCUCCACCUCGUCCCCUCCCUCAGGCAGGUGGUCCAGAGUCUGGAGGAGGUGGUGGACCAAGACCACAGCUGGAGGGCUGAACUCAUGAUGCACCUUAUCAAAUGUCUUGUGGACUCGGAGAAAACAGAAGACGCUGCAAGUUUCGCCAAAGUUACAGAAGAAUUCAUUAAGUCAUACAGCCCACACCUUUAUCCAAGACUCUUUACAUUACUGGUACAACACAAGCUGAUGGAGAGUGAUGUCCUCACUGAAAUGAGCAGGCAGUGUACCACCCUGGAAGUCAUUUACAAAAUGCAGCAAUUUAAACACAGGCUGGAAGACAUAAAUGAGGAUGAGCCAACCAAAGAGGAGCUUGUGCAGAUAUUUCACCUCCUGUUAGAAUGUACCAAAGCAUCUGCCUCCUCCAGUCCUCUUCAGAGCCCAAUGCCCAUCCAACCAGCCGACAGAGUUGCCUUCCUCCUGGAGUUGGCUCUGCUGGCCUUGCAAGUGAAGCAUCAGGAAGUAGCAGUCGAAUGUCUGAAAGAGCUAAAGUCGGCGCGAGGGGCUAGUAUUGGCCAGCACAUAAUAAUGGAAUGCGUCAACUGUGAAAUCAGCCUCCUGAAGAGAGACGUGAAGAUGAAUGACUAUUCCAAAGCCGGUGUUGAGGCCCGGCUGAGGGAGAUAGGCAAGCUGGAUCAGUGGCUGCAGACUGCGGUGAGGGAGGGGGACCCUCAGGCCAUGCAGGCAGUGUGUGCUACCCAGUGGAGCUUCUGUCUGCCCCUUUUGCAGCAUAACCUCAGUAAACUCAUCAAGACACCUCUGCUCAGGAUGGCCCAAGUGCUGGAAGACAUGCAAAGUAUGUUACUGGAGAUGCGCUGUCAAGUCCACUCAGAGAUGGCAGCAAUUGAAGAAGAGGACGGGUGCCUUGAGGCCUCUUUGACUCACCUUCAGAAAGCCACGCUGCUGGAUAACGGGACACAACAAGAACGCCUGUCAUCAGCUCUCCGCCUCCUGCAGCUCAGAGGGACCCUUUACCAAAUGCCCACCCGGAUCGAGGAUAAAGCCGCUAUGCUUAUGCAGCAGGUCAGGGACAUGCAGCCCCAAGACAGGACAGACUGUCGUCCCAUCUUGGUUGCUGUGGGUCUCCUUUUGGCCCCUGAUGAUUUUCAGAUGGUGCUGGAUGCUGACAACACCUCCAAAAGCAGUCUUGGAUCUGGACCAGUGGCUCAGCUCGCUGCAAAGGCUCAGCACCACUCUGCAUCUGUAAAGAAGGUGGAGGGACAUCUGGCCAGACAAGGAGAUGACACAGACAACACAGAAAGGUUGAAGUUGUGGGCAACACUGGUGAAGACAGCCAGGAAACAGGAAGUUUGGGACGUGUGCCGAGCUGCUUGUCGAUUCUGUUUGCUUUACGAUGAUGGGAGAUGGAAGAGUUCCAAGACUGACGACUGUAGAAAUUCGGAAGAAGAAAACUCUGCAGAAUGUCUUCACGGUUCCAAUGAAAGCCAAGCCUGUGUGAGGGACCUGCUGCGCCUUUUAGCUGAAAUCUGCUUCAUCAGUGCUGAGGCCACCGUCCAAAAGCUGCUAACAGAGGGAGUGCAGCUUAACAGCCCUGCAGUCCCCACAAUGGAAAGUAAGCUGUGUGUGUCUGAAGAGGAUCCACAAUGGGUUGUUUACAGAAACUGGAUCCAGGCUCUUUCUGCCUACGCCACCUCCAACUUCUUGCAGGCAGCGGAGCUUGGAGCAGAGAUCAGAGAGCCGUGGGUGAUAACAAAUGCAGCCAUUUACUUGUGGAACUACAGUAGCCACUUGUUGGAAGCUGGAGAGUACCAACGCCUGCUUCCUACCUUCCAAAGUCUGAUGGCGAUUAUCCAAAAGACAGAGUUCACUGGGAAUCGUGCUCUAUUUGUGCUGCUGUGUGAUGCCGUGGCCCGGGGGAUGAUCCAGCCUCUGUGUGGACCAGACAGCGUCAAGCCAGCCACGUCAGGAGACAAGGGCAAAAACAGACCUGAGAAGGGGAUGGAGAAGGCUGCCAGUGCGCAUGGGGUUUUCUUAGACCCUGCUGCCCUUCAGGAUGUCCGCAAGGCAUCAGAGCUGUGCGACUAUGCCCUCAGCAUUUCCACCUGCAGCAUCCCAGGGGAGACCGUCCCCAUUGCUGCGAGGAAACAGGUGGUGGCCACAUGGGUGCAGGUCAAGAGGCUCCUGCAACAGCAGAUUGGGUCAAAGAUGGACAUCAGAGAUGAGAGUGAGAAUGAGGAAGUGUCGGCAAUGACGCGCGUGCUGGUCGGAGUGGAGAUGCUCCGGUGCAAUAGGAGCCCAGGGCAUAUGGAGUUCUCUGUUCCCAGUCUCUCCACACUGGUAAGCAAGGCGUCUGAAUGCAGCUGGACGGACACCGUGGUGGAGUUGCAGGUGUGGUGCCAGCUGGCUGCCUUCUGCCACGAUGCCAACGACCACAGCUUGGUGUUGUGCUGCACCAAGAGCGCUCUGCAGCUGGAGGAGGCAGCAGCGAAGAGCCUCAACACCAUGCCCUUUGUUUUGUAUGGCCCGACUGCUGUGAAUGAGAUGCUGAGCAUCGCUGCUUGUUUCAGGGGUUUAAGUUUAGUCCAUGAGUCCAGUGGUGAUCUACACUCUUACAGAGAGGCUUUAAAGGUGCUUCUGUCCAGUGUCAGCUAUGCAGAAAAGGCUGAGAAUCCAGCACUGUGUGUCACAGCUGCAAGGCAUUACUGGAACACCUGUCUCCCCCUGACACAGACUCCUGAGGAAAGAUGGCAGCUCCGUGAGCCCCUGGAGAGGAUCCUGAUUGCUCUGGUUCAUACUAACAAGAAGCAUGCCAAUAAACAGGGCAAGGUGAAAGGCCUGCAGACCUUGACAGCAUUGCCUCUUGGGAGCUCCAAACAUGAAGCAACAGAUGAGGAGGACCUCGCCCUGAGAGCAGCAAUUUACAGUUUCCUGCUCUACAUCCACAUUGAUAAAACAGACUGGAAAAGUGCUCUGCAGCUGCUGGACCAAGCUAUUAGAGACAUGCCUCGCACCACACACCGGCUACCCCUGCUGAAACACCGAAUAUUGAUAAAAGCACGACUGGGGGAAAAUGUACUGAUGGACCUGCAGAAGUUACAGGGCGAAGGAGAGCAGUGCUGUUCAUUAAUGUGGCACCAGGUGGCACGGUGUGCUGGCAGUGUAACCCAACAGCUCACCUGCUACCAGAAAUCCAUCACCUCUCUGUUGAGUGUUGAGACUCAGUGGCGUAAGGUCAGCCUUCUGCUGGAGUUUGGAGAGUGGCUGUACUGUCACAACUUCCCCAAAGUUGAUGCCCAAAGCCAAGUUCAGUGGGCCAUAGACAUCCUCCUACACUCAGAAACUGAAGAGACAGAAGGUGCAGAGGAUGAGUCCAAAAAAAGGGGUUUGAGCUCAGAGAAAUGUGAGUCCCUGGUGGGAAUCCAGGGUUUGUUAGCGACACAAAGUUUGUCGAAUCUUAAGGAGGUGCGACGCCUUGAUGGCUUAGUCCGUGCGCACACUCUGCUCGCUGUCAUGGCUGACAGAACCUCACCUGAGCACCAGCUGAACCUGCUCAGAGCCUACACCUUUGUUCUUCAAACAUGGCAGGUGUCCAUGGCAGUGUGUAGUGAGAUUACCAAUGAGAUGGCAAAGAGCCAGCCUCCCCAGCCUCCUCCCUCUGCAGGAUCCAAAAAAGGCAAAGAUAAGGGCAAAGGCAAAAAAGUGAAAGAUCCUCCCCCUGCAGAAGAGAGACCUAAACCUGUUGUCUUGCAUCCCACACUUCCCUCUACCCCAAAGGACUGGGCUGGCUUUGUCUGUCCUGACCAGGCCAGGCAGAUCUUCAGAACCAACAAUAACCCUCACUGUAUCAACACACUCAGCAUUACAAAGCAGACUCAAAGCCUGUUUUAUCUCAACCUGCUGGAAAAAGAGCUUCAUUCCCUCUCACUCGACCACCUUACUCUACCCAUAAUGCAUCUAGCUGAGACCAUUGCUCAUGACCUUUUGGACAGGAGGAGCCUCUCGGACCUCUAUAGACUUAGGAUUGUGAGGAAAUGUUAUCAGCUCGGUUUGGAGACAAAUUCACCGUAUCAGGAGAAGCUCCUGAAUCUGAGUAGAAUCCAAGAGCACGCUCAGAUGGGCUGCCAGAGAGCAAUUGCUUUUUCACAAGAAAGGAAACAUUUUCACAAUCAGGAAGUUAAGUUGAAUGAAAAGCCUGGAUCUGAGCAACAGAGUAUGGAUUUGAGAGUUCAAGACAUCUGGCUGGACAAAGCUGAGGUUUGCCUCAGCAUGGGACUGUUUCAACCGGCCAGGCAGCUCCUGACUGAGGCCCACUGUGUGGCUCUGGAGCUCAGAGACCAGAAUGCAAGAGCUCGAAGUUUGCUCAGUCUGGCCGCUCUGGCUUGUGAAGAGCAGAACUUUGUCCAGGCUCUGAUCCUGCUGGACAAAGCUCAGGUCCUGGGAGGGGAUGAGGAGUUCUGGUAUAAGCUCACCCUCACCAAGGUCAGAGCUGUAGUGAGCCAGAGAGACAAGGAUGCACAUACCAGGGCUGAACAGAUAAUUAAACAAGGCUGUGACGCUCUGAAACAACAACGGGUAAACCGGGUCCCAGAACUCACAUUCCUUAUCACCUCAUUAGAGAUGAGAGGUGCUAUUGAAUGUAUUCGUGUCCUCGGUGGUGUUGAACCAGGAGAGACCCUCAGCGCGGAGGUCGCUCAGAGGGUAAUGGUUGCCUGUGAUACACUCAGAGACUGCGCCAGUGGUUUCACUAAACUCAGCUAUAAAGAACACGCAGCAGAGGCUCAUGCAGAGUACGCACACGGUCUGAGAGUCCUGGCCAAACAUGCUACUCAUACAGCGGACAAACAGCGCUUCUUGCUCGAUGGCCUCUCCCACCUGCAGCUUGCUGUUACGGAGCAGGAACAUGCGGCGCUGAAUGCUCAGAGGCUGCUCCCCUCGCAGGAGGAGAGUCAUGACCUGUCACUGGCAGCCAUGCGGAGGCUGCUCCAACUGCGACUGGCCCUGGCAGAUUUCUGUUUGGCAAUGCUGGAGGAGCACUGUGCUGAGGAGAAAUGCAAAGCUCUGGCCCGCCAGAAGAAAACCUCUGCAGAGAUAGCACUGGAGGAGUUUACACGCUGCACACCUGAGCCCAACUCUAUAGAGCAGGAAUGGCUGAGUGUGGGCAGCACCUUGGGGCAGGUGGCUCUGGGCCAGCUGGCUGCAGUCACCUCUCACUCCCUGGAAAACGUGGAGGCCAGAGCUCGCUGUCUGAGUCUGAUGGGAAAGUACCUCCGACUGCUGGCAGUGCAGGAGGACGCUGUUUAUUCGUGUGCUCUAUGGGACAGACACAAACAGGAGGAGGCCUGGACUGACCCUAAAGUUGUUUCCCUGGACAAGGAGAAUUCAGAGAAAGAGAAAGACAGAGAAUCAAGCAGAAGAGAGCCAAGGGUGACCGCUGCCAAAAGUGCUGAGCUGCAGCAGCAGAGAAAGCGCAGAGCCCAGCAGUUGUUGGCAGAGGCCAGCAAAGCCCUGUUUGAGGCCAUUAGCCUGUGUCUCCAACACAAACUGCCCUCCUCCAUCCUGGCUGAUGCUGCUCUCAACAUGUUGGAGUGUCAUGGCCAGUCUGACCCUGCAGCAGCAGGCCAAUAUCUUGCCCUGUUUCAGAGCUGCUGCACUGUUGCUGUGAUGGCUGAGGUCCUGAGUUCCGCCUGUGCAGGCACCAGCGUGUCCCAGCUCUGCGCUCUGCUCAGCCUUCACAGGAAACCGCUCCUCUCUCUGGAGGAGAGGCCCCGCAGCAUGCUCAAGGGAGCCGAGGACUCCCUCAAUAACCUCUCAAAGGCCUUCAGCCACCUGACCAUCUGUCCCAGCCACUUAAAUAUCCUUGCAGAGCUUCCACCAAACCUGAAAAUCCUGCUGCUUCAGCACUCUGAAGAUGGGUCAGAGCUUUAUGGGGCCUUCUAUGAGGUGACCAAAGCUCAUAAUCAAAAGGGAAAGUCUACACAAGUUCCAGGUGCCCUGACGUGCUCCAGGGUGGCAAAGGUUUCCGUCUGCCCACAGGCUCUGCUGGCACUCAGGGAGCAGACUCGGGCCUUUGGCCUGGACACCAGACAUGCCCUCCUCAAGCACGUCUGUUGGCACGGUGCCGAGGGCGGCCUGGAGGCCUCUGAGGAGCAUUGUGUUUUUCCCCGUAAAACCGCUGCUGAGGAAAUGUUAGGACUCCGCUUCAGAAAACUUAUACAAGAUAUGGAAGACUACUUAAAUCCACUUCUCACGCAGUUUGACUUCACAUGCUUAAGGCCCCAGGCUGCAUCACUGCCACUCUCUGAGAUGACCAAAACCAAAGAUAAAGAAGAGAAAGGGAACUCAGAGAAAUCACCAGCAGAUCCAGGGGAGUAUGUGGUGUUGCUGGCAGACAGGAAGUUGCUGGAGUUGCCGCUGGAAGCGUUGUCCAUCCUGCAGGAGGAAGGUCUGAGUUCUGUGUCACGAGACUUCUCCCUUCAGCUUCUCCACAGUCGCCUGCACAGAGAAGAAUCAGGAAAAGUUGAAAGUGACAACAAAAAGGAGACCAAAGGUGGCAAGGGAACUAAGGGGAAGGCAGAUCAAAGCCAAGCCAUCAAAGUGAUGCCUGUGAAUCGUGUGUUGCCUUCUAACACCUUCCCGGUGGAUGCACGUCACUUCAAAUAUAUUGUUGACCCUCACAAUGAAGGCCACUUUGGCACAGAGGGGACCAGUCUGAGCAUGAGGAUGAAGGAGAUUUUGGAAACCCACAGCGAGCAUUUGACUAAUCUGUGGGAGGGUUUCAUGGGCAGCAAACAAAGGCCCAGUCUGUCUGAGAUGGAGCAGCUGCUGUGCAGAUGCAGUUCUUUCAUUUACCUGGGGAUGGAGCGCUUCAUGGCAAACAUUCCACCUGCCAAAGUGGCUGCCCUCAAUCUGUCUGAGUGUCGCAUGGCGUUGCUCUUUGACCUGGUACAGAACAAUGCCAGUGCUGUCCAUCAAUCAAACCUUGAUGUCCACGAGAGUGCUGGACAGUUAACCCUUGAGAAACCCCUGGAGACUGCUCUGCUGUUGAGUUUGGCCGGUGUUGGCUGUAUUGUCCUUGACCAGUGGCACAGCAGCCUGAAGCAGAACACACACAGUAUGGCCAACGUGCUAGAUAAUUUACUGAGGGGCAGACAAACCUCUGGCCACACCAUCUGUGCCCUUCGGAGAGGGGACAGCUCAGAGAUACCAACCCACAAGGUUACAGGAUCAGAUCAAGUGCUCCUCACUGACUCAAAGAAAGUUCACCACAAAACGACUCUCACACCAUCAACCUUCAACUGUGUUCUUUAUGGACUCCCUAACUUAAUUUUCACCUAGUAUAUCCUUGGUAUUUCCCACCUUUAUAUCACAGUUCAGGAUGAAUACAGGUAUACAUGUCAGCCAGCUUUGCAAAUAUUACUGUAUGCAAAAAAACUGAAGCUACUGUACUAUGAGGGGGUUAGAUAUUUUUAUUAAAGAUGAUCUUUGACUCUUUGCUUCUGCAUUUUUACUGUCAUUUUAUUAAAAAAAAAAAAAAGU